AUGCGUCCGAUAAACGACAUGCUCGCGCUGUGCAGGAACGAGCCGAGCUUGAAGCCGUACGAGCACCUCCUCUUGGGGCGGUACAAGCGCUUCGAACAUCGAUACGACGAGAUCGAACGGAACGAAGGGAGCAUUCAGGCGUUCGCGGACUCGUACGAGACGUACGGCGUGCACAGACUCGCGAACGGGGACGUGUCGUACGUCGAGUUCGCCCCCGGCGCGACGAGGCUCGCGCUCAUGGGCGACUUCAACGACUGGACGCCGUUCGAGCACUGCGGCGAGAAGGACGAAUUCGGGCGGUGGAGUCUGAUCGUUCCGAAGGAGAAGGCGCCGAAGCACGGCGAUCAGAUCCGAGUCGUGAUGGAGACGGGCGACGGAAGGGUGUUCGACCGCAUACCGGCGUGGAUACGCGCGAUCGCGCCGUGCACGAACGACGGGUGCAACCUGGACUAUCACAACGGCGUGUUCCACGACCCGCCGGAGUCGGAGAGGCACGCGUGGCGGCACGAAAAGCCGGAGCGCAAACCCGCCGCGGGGCUGCGCAUUUACGAAGCCCACGUCGGGAUGUCCAGCGAGGAAGGCCGCUGCGGGACGUACCGCGAGUUCGCGGACGACGUCCUGCCGAAGAUCGCGGAGCUGGGGUACAACACCGUGCAGCUCAUGGCGGUCGCGGAUCACGCGUAUUACGCGUGCUUCGGGUAUCAAAUCACAAACUUUUUCGCCGUCGCGCACAGGAGCGGCUCCCCGGAAGACUUGAAGUACCUCGUCGACACCGCGCACGGUCUGGGGCUUCAAGUGCUCAUGGACCUCGUGCACGCGCACGCGAGCGAUAACACGAUCGACGGCCUCAACGAGUUCGACGGCACGCAAGGGCACCUGUUCCACGAGGACCCGAACUUGUCUUGGCACGCGUUGUGGGGCACGCGCAUGUUCGACUACGGCCGGUACGAGACCCUGCGGUUCUUGCUCUCGAACGUGCGGUUCUGGAGCGAGGAGUACAAGUUCGACGGGUUCAGGUUCGACGGCGUGACCGCGAUGCUGUACAAACACCGCGGCGUGCACUGGGACUUUUUAGGCGGCCACGACGAGAUGUACGGCCAUCACGCGGACGAGGACGCGUGCGUCUAUCUCAUGCUCGCGAACGAGCUUCUGCGCGGUACCCCACACGGACCCGCGGUGACGACGGUCGCGGAGGACGUGAGCGGUCAGACGGGCGUGUGUCGACCGGUGUGGCACGGCGGGUUAGGCUUCGACCUGAGGCUGUCCAUGGGGCCGCCGGAUCACUGGUCGAAGCUCGCGCACGAGCCGGACUUCAACUGGACGCCGAGCCGCGUCGCGGGGUUGAUCUUAGGGCGGAACUCCGAGCCCGCGGUCGCGUACUUGGAGUCGCACGACCAGUGCCUCGUCGGCGACAAGACGUUCGCGUUCACGCUCAUGGACGCGGCGAUGUACGAGGGCAUGAACAAGCACGCCGACCCGAUUCAUCCGGCGAUCGAACGCGGCGUCGCGUUGCAUAAGAUCGCGCGGCUUCUCACCCUCGCCGCCGGCGGCGAAGCUUGGCUGAACUUCAUGGGGAACGAGUUCGGGCACCCGGAGUGGGUGGACUUCCCGCGGGAGGGGAACGCGAACUCGUUCCACCACGCGCGACGGCAGUGGAGCCUGCGCGAUGACGACAACUUGUACUACAAAGACCUCAACGCCUUCGACGGCGCGUUGAUGAAGUGCGACGAAGAAAACGGACUGAUGAUCGCCAACAGGAACGGCGCGAUGCCGCACGUGUUCCACUGCAAGGACGACAGCGGCGUCCUCGCGUUCCACUGCGGCAGUAACCUCGUCGUCGCAAACUUGCACCCGCACGAGAGUUACCCGUACUACAAAGUCGGCAGCGCGCACGCGGGGCGGUACAGACUCGUCCUCGACACGGAUGCGAAAAAAUACGGCGGCUGGGGCCGGAUCGACGAGAACGCGGAGCCGUGCACCGAGGGCGGGAUGUGCGACUGGCAGGGCACGGGCGUGUGCCUGUACGUCCCGAGCAGGAGCGCGCAGGUGUACGCGUUGGUCGACGAGUGGGAGAUGCCCGUGGACGAGUGGGGCGUGCACCACGACGCGGACUUUGGGUACGACGUCGACGACUGGGAGCACGACACGGGGGGCGGGGGCGACGACGCGGUGUGGUUUUGA